GGCGCAUGCGCAGAGCAGGGAUCGUGGCAGCAUGGCUGCUCCAGCUAAGCGGAGUAGAACGGUGGGGCCGCCUGAUUGCCGGGAGGAGGAAGGCGGCGAUACAGAGGACUCUGACUCGGAGCUGGACAGCGAGGAGGAGGAGGAGGAGGAGGAUGAAGAACUCAAUGAGGAAGUAAAUGUUGAAUUUGAAGCACACUCAAUAUCUGAGAAUGAUAAAAAUGGAAUUAAAAAAUUACUAGAACAGCUGUUUCGAAAGGCUCCUAUUAAUACAGCUGAUUUGACGGAUAUAUUGAUACAACAAAAUCACAUUGGGAGUGUUAUCAAGCAAGCAGAAUUUUUAGAAGGAGGUGAUGAUGAUGAUGAUGAUGAAGAUGCUGAUGAGGUUUUUGGCUUCAUAAGCCUCUUAAACUUAACAGAAAGGAAGGGUACAGAAUGUGCUGAACAAAUUAAAGAGUUGGUCUUAAGCCAGUGUGAGAAGAACUGUGACCAGAAUAUGGUUGAACAGCUGGAUAAACUCCUAAGUGACACCACCAAGCCUGUGGGCUUCCUGCUAAGUGAAAGAUUCAUUAAUGUGCCUCCCCAGAUCGCUCUGCCCAUGCACCAGCAACUGCAGAAAGAACUAACAGAAGCUCAGAGAACAAACAAGCCUUGUGGGAAAUGCUACUUCUAUCUUCUAAUUAGCAAGACAUUUACUGAUAAGAGUAAAGCAAGAAAAAAAGGAAGCAGUGCUCACCAGAAAGAGGAACUGAUGUUUUCAAAUGCUGAAGAAGAAUUCUUUUAUGAGAAAGCACUUCUGAAGUUCAAUUACUCAGUAGAUGAAGAGAGUGACACAUGUUUGGGAGGUAGAUGGUCUUUUGAAGAUGCACCCAUGAAGCCUUUGCGAACGGUGAUGGUAAUCCCUGCUGACAGGAUGAAUGCCAUCAUGGAUAAACUCAAAGAAUAUCUUUCUAUCUAAACCACUUCCUGGGCUAACCAUUGUAUGAAGUCAUUCUGCAAGAGUUGUCUUUUGAGUGACGUCUGGAACUUUUCUAUAUUAAUUCUGCACCCUUCAUAUUCCUGUUAAAUAUGCCAGCUUAUAUAAACAGUCUACUGCAAUAUGUUUAUCUGCUAUUACAAGAAGACAUUUAAAAACAUUAGUAUGAUUACAAGUGCAAUAAAAGAUCAAACCUAA